UGGGAAAUGGGGAAAGGGGCCACUGCCCGACACUCAAUUUAAUCCCUGUCCCCUUUCGGUUGCCCUGCACUUGAGGUUUUGUGGUAAGGAAAUUUGCUUGACCAGCAACGCUUUCCCCUGAAGUAGCCCGAACCCUUUUGUCUGUCAACAUCACACGUCGGUUCGUAUCCAGAGAGUUUCUACAUAGAAACAUCCUCCGACAAUCAAUAUACAACGACAAUUAGGCUUGGACGCUUUCUUGGCCUUGUACCUUUAUUCUAUCACAAUCAACUUUCUUGUUCUUGUCUAACAGCUUCCCAAUUCCAAUUCCAUCACAAUGCCUCCAGCCACCGCUGCCGAGAGCGCGUCGCCAAUUGGCAUUGCCAAUCUGCCCAACCAGCGACACAAGAUUGUUGCGAAGAGAGGUGCAGCUUUCACUAUUAUGGUUGCCGGUGAAUCUGGUUUAGGCAAGACCACCUUCAUCAACACCCUCUUCUCCACAACCAUCAAGAACUAUGCCGAUCACAAGCGACGACAUCAGAAGCAGGUUGAUAAGACCGUCGAGAUCGAGAUUACCAAGGCUGAACUGGAGGAGAAGUUCUUUAAAGUUCGCCUAACUGUCAUUGACACACCUGGCUUCGGCGACUACGUGAACAACCGAGAUUCAUGGAUGCCCAUCAUUGAGUUCCUUGAUGAUCAGCAUGAGUCUUAUAUGCUCCAGGAGCAGCAACCCCGCCGUCAGGACAAGAUCGACCUCCGUGUCCACGCUUGUCUGUACUUCAUUAGACCCACUGGCCACACCUUAAAGCCUCUGGAUAUCGAGGUCAUGAAGAGACUCUGCUCAAGAGUCAACCUGAUCCCCGUUAUUGCCAAGGCUGAUACUUUGAGCCCUGUUGACCUUGCCAAAUUCAAGGCUAAGAUCCGUGCUGUCAUCGAGGCCCAGAGCAUCAAGAUCUACCAGCCACCGAUUGAGGAGGACGAUGAGGCCGCUGCCCAGCAUGCACGCAGUCUCAUGGCCGCCAUGCCUUUCGCUGUUAUCGGCUCGGAGAAGGAUGUCAAGACGGGCGAUGGUCGUAUUGUGAAGGGCCGUCAGUACUCGUGGGGUGUUGCCGAGGUCGAAAACGAGGACCACUGCGACUUCAAGAAGCUACGUUCGAUCCUAAUCCGCACGCAUAUGCUUGACCUCAUCCACACGACCGAGGAGUUGCACUACGAAGCGUACCGAGCCCAACAGAUGGAGACCCGGAAGUUCGGCGAGGCCCGCCCCCGCAAGCUGGACAACCCCAAGUACAAGGAGGAGGAAGAAGCCCUUCGCAAGCGCUUUACCGAGCAGGUCAAGGUCGAGGAGCAGCGAUUCCGACAAUGGGAGCAGAAGCUCAUCGCCGAACGUGACCGCCUUAACAAGGAUCUCGAGCAGACCCACGCUCAGAUCAAGCAGCUCGAGAAUGAACUCGAGCAAAUGCAAGGCAGCCUUGCUCGCAGCGGCCGCCGCUAAGGAGUUUCGCUCUAUAUACCCCCAAAUUCGCCAACGAAACGAUUUGAUUCCGCUAGCGCUAGUUUAAUGCUUCCGUCCAAUAGGGAGUAUGGAGUUGUUGAGAAAGCCGGGUCCCAGCAGCAUCUCUGAUUCUACGGGAUGAUGGGUCGUUGGUGGAUGAUAUGCUUACAAGCUAAUUUACAUGUGUCGAGAGGUGAAUUGUCAAGGUCCUAACGGUUGGUGUUGUUGUGUCUGCUAAUGGCAGGGGAAGGAGGGUUAUGGACCGGCAAGCGUGUUGUGGCUUACCUGCGAUAUCAAAAUAUUCUCCCUUUUGGAGGUCGACUUGUGACCUCCGUUUCUCUCCAGAUCAGUUAGGUUUAUUUUACGAUGUAAUCGCAAAUUUCUAUGAUAC